AUGGCUACCAACGGACGCAGACAGAUGGUCGAGGACGACGAGGACAUUAUUGAUGUCGAUGACUCGUCCCUUAUGAACAAUCAGGCAAACUACGCCUGGGAGGAAGAGUACAAGCGCAGUUGGGACGUCCUUCAAGAAGACGAACACGGAAGUCUCGCAGGAGUCGUCAACAGUUUACAGCAAGCCGCCAAGCGUAAGCGACUAUUACGUGAUACGGACCCUAUUCAGCGUGGAAUCAUUCGGCAUCUCUUUAUCAUUAUCGAUCUCUCAAAGGCCAUGCAGGAGAAGGAUCUUCGGCCCUCACGACUGUCGUUGACGUUCACAUAUCUGGAGGCCUUCAUUGCUGAAUUCUUUGACCAGAACCCAAUCUCGCAGAUCGGACUCGUCGGGACAAAAGAUGGACUGGCGGAAAAGCUGACAGAACUGAGUGGAAACCCUACGGAGCAUAUCAGGGCACUCAAAUUGAAAAAGUUUCAGGAGACUGGAGGUGAGCCUUCAUUGCAAAACGCACUUGAAAUGGCCCGCAGCUCAUUAGUGCAUGUCCCUGCUCACGGAUCUCGGGAGAUUCUUGUCAUUAUGGGCUCAUUAACGACAACCGAUCCAGGAAACAUCCACGACACGAUAACGCAGCUUACUCAGGAUAACAUCAGGGCGUCCGUCAUUGCGCUAGCAGCAGAGGUUCAAGUGCUGAAAGUUCUGACCACGCAGACAAAAGGAACGUUCGGAGUGGCGAUGAAUGAGGGGCAUUACAGGGAUUUGUUGUUUGAGGUCAUUCCCCCGACGGCGGUUACGACGACAAAGACUGCAUCCAACCUGGUUCAGAUGGGAUUCCCGUCACGGUCAAACGAUACUGCGGCCACGCUUUGUGCCUGUCACGGAAAGCUGACAUUGGGAGGAUAUAUUUGCCCACGGUGCAAUGCAAAGCUGUGCGACAUUCCGACAGAGUGCGAUAUAUGCACGCUCACACUUGUCUCCAGUCCUCUCUUGGCCAGAAGUUAUCACCAUCUCUUCCCCGUCGAGAACUUUGUUGAAGUUGCCUGGAAAGAUGCUUCAACGACGACACAGUGCUUCUCGUGUCAAAAGAUGUUUCUCAGUCCUCACAAGAUCAGUCUUCAGCUUCAGGCUACAACAGAGGCGGGAAGUCAGCCAAGACGGAAGGCUGGAAGUGCCCUCAACCCUGGUGCCGGAUCUUCUGGGUCCCUGACUCGACGAUAA